CCCUCCAAGCGCGCCGCCGACCCGCGUAGUCCUGCGACCGCGUCAACCGUUCGCGCCGACGGACGACGACGAGAGAUAUUUCGCGCGAUUUUGUUCGAAUAAAAAAAAUCCCUCCACCGGUUGUAAUAGUAUCGUCGUUGUUGUCGUUGUCCUCGUUGUUAUUAUUUUCAAUUAUUUGUUUGUUUAUUUAAUUUUUUGAUUUAAUAUUUUCUUCGAUUUCCGUCGGGGCAGUGUCGUCGGGUUUACGCGCCGUCGUGAAUGAAAUACACCGUGCGCUAUCCACAGCGGUGUCCGAGUGCGAUUCGGAAUAUUAUAAAUUUUUUUGGCGUUCUGCGAUUGCCAGAGUCGGUUGUGUGUGUGCGCGUGUUUUAAUAUUUUCGAUUUCAUAGCCGUGUCGAGUUUGUUUAUUUUUCAAAAAAAAAGUUUCAAACGGUUUGUAAUAUUAUAAUUAUACUCGACGGGUUUUCCAUAGAACCAAACCGCCGAAGCCGCCACCACCGCCACCGGUAGUCAGGCGAGAACCCGAACGCAGUUAAUAGAUAUUCAGUCAAUUAAGAAAUACAGAUUAAUAGUACGGGUGUCAUAAAGUCCAUAGAGAAAUACGUUAUCGGUACACUUACAAUGCGAGUCAGAAUUUGGCGUUGUACUUAGGCCGAUUUAAUUGUGACGCUGAAAUCAGUGGUAACAACUUUCCGAAAAAAUUUUCACAAAAACGUACGGCUAGUGUAAAAAAUUCAACGCCCAUAAUCACGGUACAACUUACACUGCUGUGUAACUUAACGGUGGCGUCCGGUAUGCCAGCGGACGGCCACGGUGACGUCCUCAACCGUACGUGAUCGCCGUGACUGUUCGCCGGUAUGGUGAAACGGCCGGUGACCGAGUACAAUACUCCGGUUACUUCGCAGACGCCUAGUAUACCGCAACAGCGGUCAUGGAACAUGGUGACGACGUGUUCAACCAUACCCCCACGUCCGUCGUCACGUCACUCGAUCCACGGGACUCACUCUACCGGUUGAGUGUCAUGGAUAACGGCACCGACCCCACGGUCCAACAGGUGACCGGCGACAUGAUGGACUGGUCCGAUUACGUGUCGGUGGCGCUGAAAACGUCGAUCAUGGCCAUCAUUAUACUGACGUCAAUUGGCGGCAACCUGUUGGUGAUCGUGUCCGUCGCUCGACACCCCCGGCUCCGGGUGAUCACCAACUACUUCGUCGUGUCGCUGGCGUUCGCCGACAUGCUGGUGGCCAUCGUGGCGAUGACGUUCAACGCCAGCAAGCUGAUCAGCGGCAAGUGGAUAUUCGGGUACUUCAUGUGCGACGUGUGGAACUCGAGCGACGUGUACUUCUCCACCGCGUCCAUACUGCACCUGUGCUGCAUCAGCGUGGACCGGUAUUACGCAAUCGUCAAGCCGCUCAAGUACCCGGUGCUGGUCACCAAGCGGCUAGUGGCGUUCCUGCUACUCGUCACGUGGGUGGCGCCGGGCAUCAUCGCGUUCGUGCCCAUCUUCUACGGCUGGUACACCACCGACGAGUAUCUGGCCUACCGGAUGGCACACCCGGACGACUGCGAUUGGGUUGUGAACAAAGUGUACGUGAUCGUGUCGUCGUCGAUAUCGUUUUGGAUACCCUGCACGAUCAUGCUGUUCACGUACCACGCGAUAUUCAAAGAGGCGAACCGGCAGGAGAAGCAGAUACACGCGAGGAUCAGUUGUGGCCAGCAGAUCAACUACAACCGGGAGCUGGCCGAGAACCAGCUGCGGUCGUCGAACGGCGCCGCCAACGGGUCGUCGUCCAGGACCACACUGGCGCCCAACGAUCACCACUCGACCCCUUCCCGGGACAACAGGAACAUCAUCAAGAUGAAGCGGGAGCACAAGGCGGCCAGGACGCUGGGCAUCAUCAUGGGCACUUUUAUCGUCUGCUGGCUGCCCUUCUUCCUGUGGUACGUCAUCACGACGCUAUGCGGUGAGGCAUGCAACAUUUCGUCGUCAGUGGUGGCCGUGCUUUUCUGGAUCGGUUACUUCAACUCGACGCUAAACCCGCUUAUCUACGCGUACUUCAACCGGGACUUCCGGGAAGCCUUCAAGAACACGCUGCAGUGCGCGUUCUGCAACCUGUGCCGGAGCCCACCGUCAGACUUGGAGGCGCUAGACGCACGGAGGCCGUCCCUACGGUACGAUGACCGCACGCGCAGCGUCUACUCCGAAACGUACCUGAACCACUGCGACAGGCGCCGGUCCAGCCAAUUCGGCAGCAGCUUAUGAUCCACCCCGCCGCCAAGACCCCGGCCCCGAGUCUAGAGCUUUUUCCGCACAUCCCUCGCCGCCACCGCCGCAACCUGCACCGACGCCCCCCGCCCCCAUCGCCACUGGAGAGAAACCCGCCAUCCCCGAGGGAAACGAAAAAGAAGAAAUCGAAAAUCAGCCGCCACGAUUAUUAUUAGUCUUAUCUCACCCACCGCGGCGUUAUCGUAUGAUGAUACCUAAUAUUAUUGUUGUAAUAUUUAUAUGAUAGAUGGUAUAUUUACCUAUUUGACUUGGCGAUAGUAACAACGACAGUAAUAAUAAUAAUAACAUUAUUCCGUGUGAUUUUAUCUGUCGUCGACUUGGCAACUUUUCAGAAAAUACGAUGAAUUUAUUUUUGUUUUAUCUAAUAUCUAAAAACAUAUUAAGUAUUUUACAUUUUUCUAUGACUAUCAGCAGUAUUCGUUCUUAAAAUUAAAUUCCUUGCAUAUUCCGAGACGUAAUAUUACGCCCGGUUUGCGUGCGAUAAAUUAAUAAUCUUCGCGUGUAUAAUAUGGUACAAUAAUAUAACUCGAGUGGGUCACGCGCGGUCCAAAAUUCGCGCGUCAUCGGCACUUGAACGACGAUGAUAAUAUAGGUGCAGACGUCAUGAUUCUAGUACGAUUAUACAGACAAGCUGCUCUUCAUCCUCCUCAUCCUCCGCCACUGCAAUUACCUCACGACAGAGUACUAUAAUAAUAAUAAUUACUACAAUCCGACCGUAAACUGUAGUUGUCGAUCAACGCUCACCCAACGGUAGCGGGUCGUCGUGAUAUCAUUAUCACAGUGCCGUGUGCUCGUGUUCCGUCGAACCGGCAGGUGGUUUGGUGACGAACUGUCAUUACUGCGCCCAUCGUCGACCGCCGCGUGGGCUUGCCACAACCACUCGAACGGAUGAACAAUAUCGUAUUAUUAUUAUAACGCGUUACUUCAUAACAAUGAUAUUAUUCGUGAGACGAUGCGAUCGCUCUUUUGACCCAGACUAAACUUAUAACUAUCGUGAUCGUUUUCAGACUAGUCGUUUUGCAUUUUAUUGCGAUUAUAAUAUUAUAUAAUAUUAAUAUAGUCGCCGGCAAGCGCCUUGCAGCUGCCAAGUUGGCUAUGAUAAUAUAAUAUUAUAAACAAAUAAUAGACGCGCAUUUGCGACAAUGACUGCAAGUCACGUGUCGAUCGUGCGCAUUAACUACCUAAUAAUACUAUUAAUAUAAAGUACAACAUAUUUAAUUAAUCGCAUAUUCUGAUUUUAUAAGUUUUUCUAACUUUUAAUUGAAUUAGAAAAUAAUAAUAAUUUGAAAAAUAGCGUACUCGUCGAUGUCAAUACGACCUGCAGAGUUAAGUGUUAUGAAUUAUUAUUAUUGAUAUUCGCUUUUAUCUCAAAGAUAACAAUAUAAUAUAAUAUAGCAAUAUGAUUUUCUAUACGACGAAAACAACAGUGAUUGCGAGGGUUUACACUCAUAUUAUCAAUCGUACGGACCUAUCGUAUAACCAAUAUCAUCAAACGGAUACCGCGGGACACAGAGUUUUCAACGAAAAAAUUUGAUGACAAUUCUAAUUUCUAAUCAAAAUAAAUUCCAUAGUGUGGCAAACCGUAGAAAAUAACGAAUAAUGUACUAAAGCGAUGUGUUUUUAAAAUUAAUUUUACCUUCCUCUUGGAAUUUUGUCAAUUUAAAAUUAAUAGUAUGUUAACAUUGAAUCCAUAAUAUUCUAUCGAACCCGGUUAAGAACAAUAACCAACAAGACUGUAUAAUUUCUUUUUCGUCUUAAUUACCAAAUAGCCUUAGUGAUAAAAAAAAUAUUAUUAUAAUCAUUGUAAAAUAAUAUAACUGUAAGGUGUACAAUAUUUAAAACAAAUUAGUAAUAAUGUAAAUGAUCGCUAACUUUUUACUGCUUUUUUUUUCUUUUGAGAUUGGUAGCUAUUAUUAAAAUAUAGUUUCACCAAUACUUUGGGUGCAAGUACACCCAAUUUACACCUGACGCAUACGUAGACGUUAUGAAUCAUAACUUAUGAUGUUACGUCUUUUGCAACCGUGGUUGCCUAUGAGUGAGUGGUAUGGUAAGAAUUAUUGUAUUUUCUCAACGUUUUUCGAGUCUCGUCAAAUGAAAAUUAAAAAAAAAAAAAAAAUAAAAUAAUAGUAAAUAAAUCUCGUUAAUAUAUCGACACGUUUAUGAACAAUGUAUAUGGUACGGACCACGAAAAGUUAAUGAAAAUAUGAUAAACCUUCUCAGUUAAAUACCUACAUAUUGUAUAGGAUGACGUGUUAAUCCAGCAACAUUUGUCUGAUAAGAUCUCGUGGAGACUAGAGUUAUGGUUAGACCGUAAUUGUUAUACCUAUACAUUUUGUAAUAACGAUUUGAAAUGUCGUGUAUCAAUAAAAUCGCUGUGAUACGUUUUCACAAAACGUCACGAUAACCUAGCUGAUGAACUACACUGUCUACACUUUAUAUGACUACACCGUAACUAUACACAGUGUUCCUAUUGUAAUAUGCGUACAACAUACCAAUUAUUAUUGUGUUAACUGUAGACGUGUAUUAUACGAUAUUAUAUGUUAACAGUUAACUCGACGAUUAGUAAUAUAUUGUUUCACUCGUGUUGUCCACUGCACACCAAGGGCCUAGUUUAAUUAACUUUAAUUUAGUAUCGUUUCCACGGUGUAUAUUGUUUUGGGGGUUAAUUUACAGUUUCCUUUUGGUAAAUUAAUGUGCACAAAAAUUAUAGCAAUAAUAAUAAUAAUAAUAAUAAUAAAAUUACAACAAAGAGUAUGGUUAGAAUGCGGGGUCUCGGCGGAACAAUUUUAUAAGAUAAUUAAUUGAUUAAUUUGUUUUUGUUGAUUUUUUUUUUAGGGUUUAAAAUAAGUAUACAGUAGCAGGAAUUUUAUAGCAAAAUUUGAUCAACAAUUUCUUUCGAGCGUAUUAUAAGAGAAAAUGUAAGUUGAAAUUUCCACGAAAAAGGAGAUAAAUUUAAAAUUAAUAAUUUACAAUAUGUAGAUGAUAAAUACUACUUCCGAAAAGGAGGAAAAAAUAAUGAUGUAAUAUUAUUUAUUAUCAUAAUGUAAAUACGCGAAAGGACCGUUGGUCGAAAAUAUAUAUUGUAAUAAUUAUUAUUAUAAUUAUCAUUGUUUUAUUUUUUUUUUUUUUUACUAUUGGAUUCGUUCUAUAAACUAUUGUAAAUAAUUGCGUUUGUUUUUGAUAAUCAAUUUUUUUUUUUAUAUAAUAUAACAAUUGUGUAUAAAUACCUAGGUAACAUUACAAGUAGCAAUAUUGAGAUGUUACAAUUUACUAAAUAAAAAGUAUAACAUAACAUUCAGACGGAAAAAAUAAAUCACUUAGCGGACACGAAUUACGAAGAAAUCUUUACUGCAGGUACAUCAAUAAUAAUGUCGUGAUCCGCGGAUGAGAAAAACAAUGGUAAAUAUGAAAUAUUUUGAGCUGAGCGCGUUUUUCCGAGUAAAAGUAUAGAUACUGUAAGGCACUGAUUCGUUUAUAUUUGACCUGUCUUUUCUUCGAGACACUCGCUGUAAAGCUAAAAGAAAAACAACAAAAAAUAAAAAAACUUUAUACGAUAUUUUGUAACCACUUCAAUGAAAUCAAUUCGUUUUUCUGCACGGAGAAAUAUAACACAAUUUACAAUAUAGAAACCGUAUAAUAUGCAAGGUACACGUUAACACCAUUAUGGCAAUAUAGCUGGUACCUAUUAUUAUGGCGUUAUUGUAAUAUAUAUAAACUUUCAACGCUUUACCCGAACUCACGAAUCCAAAACAGUCAAACAUUUUUACUUUUUUUUACCCGUUGUGUUUCCAACACUACAGCAAUGUUGCUGGUAAAUUAUAGCGAUCAUUAUUAUCGUUUCUAUACUACGCUCUACGCGAACUUGGACCAAAAUAUUAUAUUAUGUACACGAUAAAUUGUGUAUUAUAAUUUAAUCUAUAUACGCCGCAGCCGACCUUGGGUUAACGCCCCCUAUGCUUCACCUACAAAUAAAAAAACCAAAAGCUUAAGUAUUUAUCGAAAUUACGAAAUAAAAUAUAUUCUGAUGUAUUUCAUUCGGCAAAAUUAAUUAUUAUGCAUGGACGACGCUUUUAAACGGAUUUUACAUUAAUAUAUUAAUCGUUUUCGAUGAUCGUUUAUACACCUAGUGAAAUUACUGUUCCUUCUUGUAACAUAAUAAUAAUAACAUAAUAUUAUAACAUACAAAUAGGUAUGCAAUACGUUAUAAUACUAAUAUUUAAAUGUACACAAUGUUAAUGUUUAUUUUAAAAAUAUAUGUAUUGUUUUGUUAUUACCAUUAUAUUAAUAAUAAUUACUAGCGAAACGAUCAUGUAAUACUAUUAUUAUACUAUAUGAUAUAAUAUAAUAUAUAUUAUGUAUAUUGUUUACGAACUACGAUAUAGUAAUAAUUAUUAUAUAUAAUAUAUUUAAUAUUAGAUGCAGACACAUUUUGUACCUGAAAGUCCUAAACAAAAUUGUAAAAGUAGCAUUGAUUAUUAAUCCUUUAUUUAUACAUACAUUUUUACUACCUAUAUAUACAAUAAAUAUAUAGUUACAUACAUGUACAAAAUUAUAUCAAAAAUCUAUAUAUUAUAUCUUAAAAAAAAAAAUAUAUAUAUAAUAAGUAUAAUUUAUUAUAAUGUAUUAUGUGUAUACUUUAACUACUAUAUUUAUUAUUAAUUAUAGCCCACUUAUGACAAAAAUGAACUAGAGUGAUUCUAACAGAUUUGUUAUGUGUUAAGUCUUGCUUGAAAUUUUGAACUAUUGUAUAAUAUAAUAUAAUGAUUAAAUAACUACGUAUUGAACUUAU